AUGCUCUACGAACUAAUCGCAAUCGUCCGCACGGGCAACGUCAAUUAUGUAAAAGACAUCGCCCGCACAACCGGCACCCUCAUCCUCCAAAACAACGGCACAAUCCGCAACCUCAACAACUGGGGUGUCUUCGACCUCCCGCACCCCAAACUCGCCCACCAAAACACCCACUACAAAGGCCACUACUUCCACCUCACCUUCGACGCCUCCGUCCCCUGCACCACCGAAAUCACACGAACCCUAAAACUGAACCCGCACAUGAUCAAUUUCGGGAUCGUGAAACUGGGGGAUAAGCUGGGCGGGAAGAGUAAUCAGAGAGGGAAGAUUGAGGAUGUUACGGGGAAGUUGGAGUGGAAUAGGGAGGCGUUAGUGGCCGUGGAGCAGGGUGGGAGUGGUAGUGGUGGUGGUAGUGGUAGUGGUAUUGGUAGUAGGAUGAUGGGGCAGGGGUUGGGGGCGGGGAGUGCGACGACGGCUGAUGAUUUGUUUUUGAGUGGGUCGUUGAAUACGAGGAGGGAAGAUUGGGCGAAUACUCAGUCGAAGUUCCGGUAA